CGAUAAACGAGAAUUUGAGUAAUGCGCGAGAUGUAUGAAUGUUGGCGCGACCUUGCCGUUAAUUCAAACUGUUCAGUUUCAGAAAGAGUUUGAGAAUUGCCGAUGAAGAUGACAGUAAAUUUUUUCCUGAGCAUCGACCGCAUCCAAUGAGCAACCCAAAAUGGCUGCCAAGUCAGCGCAAAGUGGUACCCCUCACAACUCCGUGGUGACAUCCCCGAGGAAGAAGGAUAAAGAGCUUUCAAAACAACUUGAAGAUGCCAUUAAAUUCUUUAAAGAUCCUGCAAGCGACACUAGAGUUCGGGCCAACAUCAAGCUGAGCAAUGCCCUAGAUGCCAUCACCAAAGAAGCUCAAAGAAACGGCUUGAGUGAGGGGAUCAUCCAAGAUCUUGUUGAUAUAGCAGCGUCAGGAAAGUUUGCUGACUCAACCAGUUCCCGUCUGAUCAAACACCUACUUCCAUCGGAUAGCAUCCCUGAGGAUGCAGCCAUACAGAGCAUAUCAUGGAUGUGCACCAAUAAACCUUCUCAUGAAAUUCAGGCAUUGCUCCUGAAGUGGAUUAUAUUGACCUUUGACCUUUUAGAUGGAACAGAAAAGCUACAUGCCUUAUAUGGCAUGAUCUUUUACUUCAUUGAGAAUGAUACAUUGUGUCCGCAUGCUUGCCAUCUGUUGUAUCUUUUGACAAGAAAAGAAGAUGUGAUUGAUUAUCGAGUAAGGAAACUCCUCAGUGUACAAAGGAGAGCGGGUACCCAACCUCACAUAACAGGUCUUCUAUCAAUCUACAAGGUCUUCGCUCCUCAUCUAGUUUCACUGUCCCUGCCGUCAACCCAGAGGGCGUACUUCAGGUUGACGGAUCGCAACUGGACGUCGGAGGUUCGCAAGGCGAGAGAGAGGAUCCAAGAGAGGAGACCUGCAAAUACGAGCAUGCACAGGGAUACAGCGCACAGGACUAUUACAGAUACAACAAUGGUGCGGAAGAGAAGGAAGCUGAACCCUGUACCCGACCUGCGCUCUGCUUACACGACCCUUGACCCCAGGGCAGAGGUCAUGACCAAAGUACCCUUGGAGCAGGUCAAGUCUUUUGAAGAAUUUCUAGACAACUUUGAUCAUCUUGAGCUCCCAAGCCAGGCUGCAGCUGUGUUAAGGUCGCCAGUCUUACAAUAUCUUCUUUCUUGUCGAAGGGAUCAAGCCACUACCCAAAGACUCAAUUUCUGGCUCUCUCAGAAGUUACAAACAGAACUUCUGGAUUCUGGAGGUUGCAAUGAGAGAACAGAGCAGCUCCUCCAGCUCCUCAUCAAUUUCAUGGAUUUUAUUCAGGAGAGUGUCCCAGUUUGUGAACAGUUCUUGACAAGGUAUCUACUGACUUGGAAUGGUCAAGAUUACAGGCCUUACAUUCUCAAGAUGAUCAGCAGAUUUAGGAUAUAUCCUUUCCACGUUAUCAAUGACCUGGUCCUUGAACCUCUCAGGACACUGUUCUUCAGUUCUUCCGUCUACUUCAAAUGCCAGAUCCUUCACACCUUGACAGAACUGCUGAGGAAUUAUGUAACCCAUGAGAUGAGCCGAUACCAGGAGACGGCACAGAGACAGAAGGUCCAGGAGACGGAGAAGGUCUUGUUGGACGAUGAAGUAGAUGCAACCUCUCUUCAUUCAAGUUCAUCUGUGUUCUCUGUUCGAGUGGCGUAUUUUGACCCAGUUAUCACGGUGAAGAAGCUCGUAGAGUUUGUCGAUGGACUCUGCUCUGUAGCCCUUCAGAUUCAUCACCAUCAUUCUCUUCUAUUACAUCAUACUCUCACCUUCUUUGAACUAGUGUCAUCUGUCUACACGAAGCAUGGUGUCGUCUUUUCCCAGAUUCCAUCCAAGAUAAUCUUCUAUUGGGCCAUGUUUGGUAUUGACCCAACAGCAUGCUCCAGAAUAUGCCAAAUAAUCUGCGAUUACAAGGCAGUAUUCACUGCAUUGCAUGCAGAUGAUGAUGUCCAUCAGCAGUGGGGCGAGAUUAAGAAGGGCAUCAACGAAUUGAACAGCAUCAUCCUCACGCUCUGUAACUGUUUAUGGAGGACCAAGGCCUUUGAAACCAACACGGAUCAUGGCGUUACCAUGGAGACCAUAGAAGCCACUGGGUUACCCUAUCCCAAUAAGAUAUUCUCCAUGCAAGGCAGCUUGGCCCUGGUGUGCUUCUGUAAGAAGUUUUUUGAGGAGACUCAACCAGAAGGUAAGAAGGUAGACCCUAAGAUGAUCAAGAGUGCUCACAAAUCAGUCUACAUGGAAUUCUUACAAAGAGAGAGGAUGGAUGGGAUUGUCAACUUCAUCCAGACGUUCAUCCGACGGACAGGAGGAAGUCAGACAACAAUCAGUAAUCUUGAUCAAUCUAGCAUGCAAGGUUAACGAGAACUUAAGAAGAGUGGACAGUAUCGAGACGUUCCUCUGACGGACAGGAGGAAGUCAGACAACAAUCAGUAAUCUUGAUCAAUCUAGCAUGCAAGGUUAACGAGAACUUAAGAAGAGUGGACAGUAUCGAGACGUUCCUCUGACGGACAGGAGGACGUCAGACCACAUUCAGUAAACUUGAUCAAUCUAGCAUGCAAGGUUAACGAGAACUUAAGAAGAGUGGACAGUAUCGAGACGUUCCUCUGACGGACAGGAGGAAGUCAGACAACAAUCAGUAAUCUUGAUCAAUCUAGCAUGCAAGGUUAACGAGAACUUAAGAAGAGUGGACAGUAUCGAGACGUUCCUCUGACGGACAGGAGGAUGUCAGACCACAUUCAGUAAGCUUGAUCAAUCUAGCAUGCAAGGUUAACAAGAACUUAAGAAGAGUGGACAGUAUCGUGACGUUCCUCUGACGGACAGGAGGAAGUCAGACCACAUUCAGUAAACUUGAUCAAUCUAGCAUGCAAGGUUAACAAGAACUUAAGAAGAGUGGACAGUAUCGAGACGUUCCUCCGACGGACAGGAGGAAGUCAGACCACAUUCAGUAAACUUGAUCAAUCUAGCAUGCAAGGUUAACAAGAACUUAAGAAGAGUGGACAGUAUCGAGACGUUCAGCCGACGGACAGUAGGAAGUCAUACCACAUUCAGUAAUCGUGAUCAAUCUAGCAUGCAAGGUUAACAAGAACUUAAGAAGAGUGGACAGUAUCGAGACGUUCCUCCGACGGACAGGAGGAAGUCAGACCACAUUCAGUAAACUUGAUCAAUCUAGCAUGCAAGGUUAACAAGAACUUAAGAAGAGUGGACAGUAUCGAGACGUUCCUCCGACGGACAGGAGGAAGUCAGACCACAUUCAGUAAUUGUGAUCAAUCGAGACGUUCAUCCAACGGACUAGAGGAAGUCAGACCACAUUCAGUAAACUUGAUCAAUGUAGCAUGCAAGGUAAACAAGACCUUAAGAGGAGUGGACAGUAUCAAGACAUUCAUCCGACGGACAGGAGGAAGUCAGACCACAUUCAGUAAUUUUGAUCAUCUAGCACGCAAGGUUAACAUGAACUAAGGGAGAAUGAUCAAGAUCAUUGACUUCCUCCCAAGGAUUAGAGCUUGAUAGGAUUGACUGAAGUGUUUGGUAAUCUUGAUCAAGCUUGCAAGGUUAACGAGAAAUACGGAAGAGUGGACUGAAUCAACUUCAUCCAGAAGUUUACAUGACGAAUUGGAGGGACUCUGACUCUGACCUAAGUUCUUGCAAUGCUCAGCUGAAUGGUUCACUUGUUAAGAACUAUACUAUUUUAUAUCUAUUCUUGUCAUUCAACUUUUAAAAAUAAUUUGAGUCUUCUAUCUGAUUGUAUACCAAAUUAUGCUGGAUGGUAUCAUGAAUGACAUAUUUGAUAUCUGUACAGGGAUUAUACAGUAAAUCUAGAUAGUCAAUUUUGUCUUGCUUGCAUAGCGCAGGGACUAUACAUGUAGCAACAGCUGUGUUGUCAACAUUGACAUUUUAACCAAAGGUUAAGAUUUUGAAAUGUCAUCAUAACUUAAAAAGAAAAUGUACCUUAUUUAAUGAAACUUGGACAUAAGCUUAAUGAAGUAUUGCUAAAUAUCCUACCUGAGUUUCAUGUCACAUUACCAAGGUCAUUUAAGGUCAACAAUCUUUGACCAUGUCUGGGGUAUUUGUUGAAUUACCAUGAACUUUGAAAGUUCAUGGAUCUAGUUCAUGAAACAUGGACAUUGUCUCGCACAAGUCUUAGGUCACAUGAUCAAGGUCAUUUAGGGUCAGUGAACAUAGUAUUUUACUAUAUCAUAUGAAUGGUGUUUUUAGUGAAUUAUUAGUCAAUAGUUGAUUUUAAAGUCAACACUUCUGCUACAUUGAUUCACGUGAUGCAGGCAGGACUGCAAGAGGCGUUCCACUGAAUAAUCAAUAAUGUUUCACAGCUUUUUUCUUCCAAAUCUGAAACUUUUGCAACCUCUUGGUACAUGAGUCUUAUUUAAGUUUUGCAACAUUUUGUCAGACCCGAACUAGCCCUAAUACGUGAUUUCAUGUACAAGUCUAGAUGGCAAAUUCUGUUCAUAGCCAAAAGUCAUUUAUGCAUAAUUUUUUUGCUUUUAGUGAUUAUAUUAUAACAAUGAAUUUUGUUUUGUGUAUGAUCAGAAUGGUGUUGCUGACAAUGAAUUGCCAUCAAAGAAACGCACAAGAAAUUUAAAGAAAUGAGAAAUUUAAAUUACAUCAAGACACACAGAAUAUUUUAUAUUACCUCUUUUUUAAUGUACCCUUUAUAGAAUUGACCGGGAGAGUCCAAGUCAUAUCUAGCCAAAUGCUAGUUUUAUUCGUAAAUUAGCAUAGUAAAUAUAGGAACAAUUAUAUUACCGGUAUAUUGGAUGGCUCGGAAGUUAAUAAGAGAAAUAUUCCAAGAGUUUGGGAAUAUUGGCCCUAACAAGUGGAAUAUUUCUGAUAUUUCAUAAAAUAAAGCCAUCCAAUAUAAUUAUUAUCAUCUAUCCCAACCUGGCAACCUCCCCCCAAAAAAGAGGGAGAAAUUUGAUUUAACAAGUCAUAUCACUUAUCUUUUAUAUGGCAUCAUCACUUCAUAUGAUCAAUUUAGUUCGUUGACAUGCGACUUCCAUGUAGUUCAUUAUGACGUCAUUGAGCAUAAUUGUGAUAUAUGCUGUGCAUUGCUUUGAUUAUUUCACGCAUUCGCGCUUGACUGUUGAAUAUGGUCUCGUACUCAAAUCGUACGGCAAAUUUUGUACAGGAGCCUAUGUGAUAUUCUUCGGAUUUCAGUCCUUUUUAGGGAUACGCUCUGAUAAUGCACGGGCAAUUGAUGCAGACAAAAAUACGCGUUUUUAAUGUAUCGCUAAAACACUCUCUAUUAUACAUUGUAGGUGAUGUAAAUGCUGAUUUAGAGAAAAGGGGAUAUUGUAUUAUAGUUAAAAAGUUUAUUUUCUCAAUUCUGUAAUUAGUUGAACAUACCAUUUAUGUGAAAAACACUCCGAGUACCUGAAAGUUUGCGAUGAUAUGUCUGUUUUCAGAACUUGAUUUCUUGUUGGUUUUUUGUGGGUGAUCCAUCUUGCCUUAUUGUGGACAUAUCGAGUGUUUCAUAAAGCUUUUAUGAAAAUAUUUUUGGUGAAUACUGCAGGUCACUAUUUUCAUUAUUGUUGAUUUCAGUUAAAAAGUAAUAAAACUUACAGGUCUUUUUAAUGAGUGUUUUGCUUAGGAUAUAUAUGUAUGGGAAUUCAUGAGAUAAUUAUGUUCCAUAUUGUACAUUAGGCCUAUACGAUGUGAUGUCAAGAUAUUUUAUUCAUUUACGUUUUUUUUUAUAUUAUAUUUCUUUGUAUAUUCAUUGUAAGUAUUGUGAAUAUGUAUAUACAUCAAUAAAAUUAAUAUCUUUAUUAUGCUUUUUAACAGA